AUGAUAGAAUGUCAGGUGUUGGAACCCCUGGAACUCCUGGAACCCCUAGAACAACUAGAACUCCUGGAACUCCUGGAACCCCUGGAACUCCUGGAACCCCUGGAACCCCUAGAGCCCCUGGAACUCCUGGAACCCCUAGAUCCCCUAGAACUCCUGGAACCCCUGGAACCCCUGGAACUCCUGGAACCCCUAGAUCCCCUAGAACUCCUGGAACCCCUGGAACUCAUUGAACCCAUAGAACUCCUGGAACCCCUAGAUCUCCUGGAACCCCUGGAACCCCUAGAACUCCUGGAACUCCUGGAACCCCUAGAGCCCCUGGAUCUCCUGGAACUCCUGGAACCCCUAGAACCCCUGGAACCCAUAGAACUCCUGGAACUCCUGGAACUCCUGGAACCCCUAGAACCCCUGGAACUCCUGGAACCCCUGGAACUCCUGGAACCCCCUCGUUUGUUAUGUCAUAAGUCAUGUUAGAUCAAAUAGAAUCUAUCCAAUUACAAUACUUUCUUUAUUGCAUCAUAGUCAGUUAGACAACAUGAUUUACAUUGCAAAUACAAAAUAUAAAAAGAACGAAAUACACAAACACAGUAGGCCUAAGCUUACAUAUAAAUAGCAAAUAACCUGUCAAAAAAUACCAUUUGUACAGCAGGACUUCCCAGUUCAGCUUUCCAUUCCAGUUAAAUACAUGUAUUUCAGUUUAAAAUUACAUUGUUGAUUAUGGUAUUUGGUUACGGUUUUCAACAAAAUAAAAGACAUACAGUGGAAUCAGUUUCGUUGCGUUAUUUGGUCUGCUCUGUUCGACUACCUCAAUCAUCAUGUGAUACAUCAUCCACAGCACACGACUAAAGUAAAAUACAGCUUAAUGACUCUGUGCGUGUCGGUGUGUGUGUGUAGGUUUUGCAGGUACCCCAGGCUACCUAUCUCCAGAGGUACUGAGGAAGGAGGCCUAUGGUAAACCUGUAGACAUUUGGGCCUGUGGUGAGUACAGAUCACUUUAUUAUCUCUCUGUCUUAUCCCUCUCUCCAUCUCUCUCUCACCCUCUCUCUUCAAUAUCUCCUGCCCCUCUCACCACUCAACGUGUGUGUGUGUGUGUGUGUGUGUGUGUGUGUGUGUGUGUGUGUGUGUGUGUGUGUGUGUUUAUGUAUAGGUGUGAUCCUGUACAUCCUGCUAGUGGGGUAUCCUCCAUUUUGGGAUGAGGACCAACACAAACUCUACCAGCAAAUCAAAGCAGGAGCCUAUGACGUGAGUUUUACAUACACACACACACACACACACACACACACACUCACAUGCAAGCGCACACUCACAAGCACACACACACUCUGUCACCUCUGUCUAUCAAUCUGUUUGACAAAAGGGAGGGUGUGUGUCUGUGUGUGUGUCUGUGUGUGUGUCUGUGUGUGUGUCUGUGUUUGUGUGUGUGUUUUUGCAUAUGUGUGUGUGUGUGUGUGUGUAUGUGUAUGUUUGUGUGUAUGUAGUUUCCGUCUCCAGAGUGGGACUCGGUGACUCCAGAAGCCAAGAACCUGAUUAACCAGAUGUUGACUAUUAACCCUGCCAAGAGGAUAACUGCCCAGGAGGCCCUCAAACACCCAUGGGUCUCCGUAAGUACACACACACACACACACACACACACACACUUUUCCUCUCUGUUUGACAUUGUCUAUCUCUCUCUCUAUCUCUCUCCAGCAACGCUCCACGGUGGCGUCCAUGAUGCACAGACAGGAGACAGUGGAGUGCCUGAAGAAGUUCAACGCCAGGAGGAAACUCAAGGUCUGCUCUCUCUUAAUAAUCUCAUAAUCCACAGGAAUACCUUCACUUUAAACAUAUGUGAGCCUUCUCACUAACCUAGUAACCUACCACUCACCCAGUCUCUUUAUUUCUCUAUUCCUCUCUCUCUUCCCGUCUCGCUCUCUCUCUCCUAAUCUCUCUUUCGCUCUCUCUCUCCCCCCAUCUCUCUUCCUCUCUCUGUCCAUAGGGAGCAGUCCUGACUGCUAUGCUG